GGCGCUCUCCGGGAUGGGGGGACACGGGGACAACUACUACGGCAAACACGGAACCCCACAGAAGUAUGACCCGACUUUCAAAGGUCCCAUCUAUGACAGGGGCUGCACCGACAUCAUCUGCUGUGUCCUGCUGGUGGUGGCCAUCGUGGGCUACGUGGUGGUCGGCGUCGUGGCCUGGACCCACGGGGAUCCCCGGAAGGUGAUCCACCCCACGGACAGCCGCGGGCAGUUCUGCGGGCAGCAGGGAACCCCCAACGAGAAAAAACCUUUCCUUUUUUACUUUGACAUCGUCAAGUGCGCCAGCCCGCUGGUGCUGCUGGAAUUCCAGUGCCCGACCACACAGAUCUGUGUCAGCAAAUGCCCGGACCGGUACAUGACGUACCUGACGGCGCACGGGAACGCCGCAGCGCUGGAUUAUUACAGGAAUUUCUGCACCCCCGAGUUCAAGAACCCGCUCAAGGGUCCUGUUGAGGUGCUGAAGGACAAGGAGUGUCCGGCCAUGCUCAUUCCCAGCACCCCACUGGCACGGAGAUGCUUCCCAGCCAUCCAGGCCAAGAAGGGCGUCAUCAUGGUGGGCAACGAGACCACCUACGAUGAUGGCCAGGGGCGCCGCAGGAACGUCACCGAGCUGCUGGAAGGAGCCAAAAAAGCCAACGUGGUGCUGGAGACCCGACAGCUGGCCAUGAAGAUCUUUGAGGAUUACACGGUGUCCUGGUACUGGAUCAUCAUAGGCCUCGUCAUUGCCAUGGUGGCCAGCCUCAUCUUCAUCGUCCUGUUGCGCUUCCUGGCCGGGAUCAUGGUGUGGGUGAUGAUCGUGAUGGUGAUCCUGGUGCUGGGAUAUGGAAUCUUUCACUGCUACAUGGAAUACGCAAAGUUGAAAGGAGAAGCUGGGUCCGACGUGUCCCUAGCGGAUCUGGGCUUCCAGACCGACCUCCGUGUCUACCUCCACCUGCGGCAGACGUGGCUGGCCUUCAUGAUCAUCCUGUGCGUGCUGGAGCUGGUGAUCAUCCUGCUGCUCAUCUUCCUGCGCAAGAGGAUCCUCAUUGCCAUCGCGCUCAUCAAGGAGGCCAGCAGGGCCGUCGGUCAUGUCAUGUCGUCGCUGCUGUUCCCCCUGUGCACCUUCUUCCUGCUGUGCCUCUGCAUCGCCUACUGGGCCAGCACUGCUGUCUUCCUGUCCACCUCCAACGAGGCUGUUUACAAGGUGUUCAAUGAGUCCGCGUGCCCGUUCUCUGGGCAUACCUGCAAGCCCGAGACCUUCAACACCAGCAACAUCACCAAGCUGUGCCCCGAUGCCCAGUGCCUCUUCGCCUUUUAUGGCGGCGAGACCGCCUAUCACAAGUACCUCAUCGUGCUGCAGUUCUUCAAUGUCUUCAUGUUCUUCUGGCUGGCCAACUUCGUCAUCGCGCUGGGCCAGGUGACGCUGGCAGGCGCCUUCGCCUCCUACUACUGGGCCUUCAAGAAGCCCGACGACAUGCCGGCCUUCCCACUCUUCUCCGCCUUUGGCCGUGCGCUCCGGUACCACACUGGCUCGCUGGCCUUUGGCUCGCUGGUUCUGGCCAUAGUCCAGGUGAUCAGGGUCACCCUGGAGUACUUGGACCACCGGCUGAAAGCCGCUGAGAACAAGUUUGCCAAGUUCCUCCUGAGCUGCCUCAAGUGCUGCUUCUGGUGCCUGGAAAAAUUCAUCAAGUUCCUCAACAGGAACGCCUACAUCAUGAUUGCCAUCUACGGCACCAACUUCUGCACCUCGGCCCGGAACGCGUUCUUCCUGCUGAUGAGGAACAUCAUCAGGGUGGCCGUGUUAGAUAAAGUCACGGAUUUCCUCUUCUUCCUUGGGAAGCUCCUCAUCGUGGGAAGUGUGGGAAUUCUUGCCUUCUUCUUCUUCACCCAUCGGAUAAAGCUGGUCCAGGACACGGCGCCGCCACUGAAUUACUACUGGGUCCCAAUUUUGACGGUGAUCGUGGGCUCCUACCUCAUUGCCCACGGCUUCUUCAGUGUGUACGGCAUGUGCGUGGACACCCUUUUCCUUUGCUUCUUGGAAGACCUGGAACGCAACGACGGCUCAGCAGAGAAGCCGUACUUCAUGUCACAGAACCUGAGGAAGCUGCUCAAGAAAACCAACAAAGGCCAGCCCGACGCGUAGCGCCGCGUCUGCAGAACGCCCAGCGCCGCCUGUCCCACGUGGAAUUCGCCUCCAUGGACCUUGGACCACCCAUUCCUCCCCCUCACGGUGUGGGGGGGGGGGGGGUCGGUAAAACGUGGAUUGUUGAGGACUCGGCCUUAAAUCCUUGCGCUGGUGAUGAUGACGAUGAGCUUGUCACCACUAACAAGCUGCAGGGCUCUGUGCCAGUGCCACCCCUGGGCUGUGACAGGGGCAAAACCCCAAAACCUCAGCGACUCCCAAGGGAGUUCAACUGUGUUUGAUGCCAUGUUGAUCCCAGUAAAUCUCUCCGAGCUCGGCCUUUCCUCAGUGCCCCGGGGAUCCAAGCAGAUCUGGGCGCCGAGGGGACACGCGAACGAGCUGGGAGGUGUGGGGUGUUCUCCUCGUGGCCCCCCUAAACUCUGAAUUACUGUUCUUCAUUCCUGCCUGGAGAGCUGGGGUGGGCUGGAAUAAUUUCCCAUCCCUUGAUGCCCUUUGUUGAUACCUGAAAGCCAAGUUUUGGGCACUAAUUAAUUCAUUAAUUUAGGAAUAAGCUAAUCAGUACUUUUGUAGCUGCUGCAGGGGCUGAAAGUGGAGGGGAAUGAGGGGGCUAUGAAAGGAAUUUGGGGCUGGAGGCUCUGCCCAGUUCUUGCACCUCUUGAGGACCCGCAGCUUCCACAGAUUCCUCCCCAACAUCUGCAUCUGUUCCCCCAAAGUUAUUUAGGGAAGAUCUAGUUGUCUUUAGUUGUCUUUUUAGGGAAAACCCUUCCUGAAGGCUUCACCUACAUAAGGGGUUUUGGGACACCCCCCCAGAGCAUGGGGAGGGGGUGUGGAUGGACCUGGGGGGGUUUUUGGGUUCAUUCCGGGUGAUUUUAGCAAAGCCAGUGGCAGCCAACACCUCCUGCCAGGAGGGAAAAAAGGGAUUUAUUAUUUGAGCUGAAAAAGGGUUAAUUAACUCUGAAAUAUAAUUAACUCAGCUAAAAUGUAACAGAACUAACUCUGAGACCGGAUGCAGCCACAGGAGCAGAGCCACCACCAGCAACUGGGCUUUUUUGGGGGCUAACUUGUUAAACAAGAAACCCUCAAAGGCUUUGGGGGACAAUUUCCAGCUCCCAAAAGCUGGGGGGGGGGUCCCAUCUGCCCCCUCCCAGUGCUGCCCUGGCUCUGGGAAUUGGUGGAAUUGAUCCCUUUGGCUUCUUUUUAUCCCCAUUCCCCUGCCACCUUUAGGUUUUGUAUUGUCCAGGGGGCGUUUCUGUGGAAUUACCCGAUGCUUUGGGGGCUUUUGUAUAUUUUGCUUUUCCAGGAUGUUUUCAGUUAUGGUUAUUUGGAGCUUUCCCAGUGAAUUUUUGGGGGCAGGUUGUGGUUUCUCUUGGCACCGCCGGGCAGAGCUUCCCUAGCUGGAAUCGAACACUGUAAUUUUCCUAAUUUAAAAAAAAAAAAAAUUUCCUAAGUUUUCCCAUUUCCCCCCUUGUUUUUCAGUGCAGCUGAUCAGUGGGCAGAGAAGUGGAAGGGAAAAUUGAAGCCAAAAAAAUGAAGGAAAAGGUGAAACUAGAAAGGUGAAGGGAAAGACAGAAAAAUGAAGAGAAAGGUAAAAAAAAAAAAAAGCUAAAAAAUUAACAGUAAAGCUCAACAGAAAAGUUCAAGUGAAGCUAAAAGGAGGCAAAUCCUCCCUGUUUGGGAUAAGUGGGAAUAAUUCAGGGAAUAAUGACCAGACAUUGUUCCACUUACAGCCAUUCCAGCACCUCCAGCACAUGUCUUGCAGCUCCUGAUGCUGGUUCUGGAUUAAUUCAGUUUUCCCCCUCCCUGUGCAGGUUUCAGGGUGGUUUUGAUUUUAUUUCUGCUCAGAAUGUGUGACUUGGGGGCAAAUUCCCUCUCACUCCUCAAUUUUCAGCUGUUUUCCUCCUAAAUUCUGACCCUUUGGGUGUGGGUUAAUUUGCUUAAAAAGGCAAAAACCAGCAGAAAUUUGGAAGGCUGGAAGAAAAAAUGGUAAAGGAGGGAAGAAAUUUGGGAAAAUGUGUUCCUGGGGAAGCCAGGCUGGCUCGGCUGCCUCCCAGCAACACAGGAUUUGAGGAGAAUUAAGGAUUUUUAUUCCCAAUGAACCCAAGUGGCAUUUUAGAGGUGAAAACUGACUGUGAUGAGGAACAGUGAGGGAAAUAUUCCUGUAAUUUAGGGGGGGGUGUGUUUUGGAAAAGUCAGAGCGAGGGCAGCUGUCCGGGGGAAUUCAGUGUCCGGAAAAGCUUCACUCCAAGACUGGGUUCCUUCUUCCAAAGGCAAAGCUCUGUGUUCAAGGCAUUAAACGACAAAAUUUAGGAAUAACGGCGCUUUUUUCCAUGUCUAGAAACGUGGCUUCUGUCCCUACAAACCAGAUUGUCGUGCGGGCAAAGAAAACAACCCCAAAUCCUUUAAACAAAUGCUAAAAUCCGCAGGGCUGAUGUUUUACAGGAAAAUGCUCGUUUUUCAUGUGUUUUUGAGGCAUUAACAGUGCUGUGGCGCUCCGGAGUCUCCGUGUGGUUCCGUCAGCGUCGCGACCAACAAUAAAAAAGUGCCUGUUUGGACCUGG